AUGGCUCUCUACUGCGGCGACAACUUCGGCGUGUACUCGCAGCCCGGCCUGUCCCCGACCGCCGCCGCCCCGAGCGCCCCCCCGGCCGCCCGGGCGCCCUACGGUCUGGCCGACUAUGCCGCGCCGCCGGCCGCAGCCGCCAACCCCUACCUGUGGCUCAACGGGCCGGCCGUGGGCGGUCCCCCUGCCGCCGCCGCGUACCUGGGCGCCCCGCCGCCGCCGCCGCCGCCGCCCCCCGGGGGCGCGCCCGGGCCCUUCCUGCAGCCGCCGACCGCCGCCGGCACCUUCGCCUGCGCGCAGCGGCCCUUCGCGCAGCCCGCGCCCGCAGCGCCCGCCUCGCCCGCCGGGCCCGCAGCGCCCGGAGAGCUGAGCUGGCUGUCCAUGGCCAGCCGCGAGGACCUGAUGAAGAUGGUGCGGCCGCCCUACUCGUACUCGGCGCUCAUCGCCAUGGCCAUCCAGAGCGCGCCCGAGCGCAAGCUCACGCUCAGCCAUAUCUACCAGUUCGUGGCCGACAGCUUCCCCUUCUACCAGCGCAGCAAGGCCGGCUGGCAGAACUCCAUCCGCCACAACCUGUCGCUGAACGACUGCUUCAAGAAGGUGCCCCGCGACGAGGACGACCCAGGGAAAGGUAAUUACUGGACCCUGGAUCCAAACUGUGAGAAAAUGUUUGACAACGGGAACUUCCGUCGGAAGCGAAAGCGCCGCUCGGAAGCCAGCAGCACCCCUACGGUGGCCGUGGGGACCUCGAAAUCAGAAGAAGGGCUCUCCCCGGGCCCGGGGUCUGGAGUGGGUGGGAAGGCGGAAGGAGACAGCUCCCCGGCGUUGCUGAGGCCCUCUCAGUCCCCAGAGCCUCCCGAGGGCACCAAGAGUACCGCCUCCUCCCCGGGAGGGUCCGUGCUCUCCUCCACCCCUUGCCUGAACAGCUUCUUCAGCAGCCUCAGCACCACGCUCAGUGCCAACAGCAGCGGGAGCACCCAGCGAGCGCUCCCCGGUGGCCGCCCCCUAGGGAUCCAGGGGACCCAGGUGCCCUCGGGCGGCGCGUUCCCCCCCAGCUCCGUCCCGGAGGCCUCGCCAGACACCUUGCAGCUGAGUCACAGCACCAGCAAUGGCAGCAGCCAGAGGUCUUCCUACUACAGCCCCUUCCCUGCCAGCACCAGCGGGGGACCAAGCAGCCCCUUCAGCACCCCUUUCUACAACUUCAGCAUGGUCAACAGCCUCAUCUACCCCCGGGAGGGCUCCGAGGUAUAG